AUGUUCUAUCUUAACUUUCUGUCGAGUAAUAACCCUGUUUUGUCUUUAUCGAUGCUUUCCGAACGAGAUAGAAGAAAUGUGAUGUAUCAGAUGUUCUUUUGUCACGCAGCACGUGAGUUUUUGCUUGGCGGUUUAGUUAUUCUUAAGGCUGUGAGGAAAAUUCUACAGAAAAUCCUUACAACAUCCAUUCAGUUUGAUUUUGGUGAGAAUAUCUCGGCCGAGGCCCCACCUGAGGAUGUAAAAGAAGGGCAUUUUGCUGUUUAUACUGUCGAUAAUGGUGAGUGUAGAAGGUUUAUAAUAGAACUGAGUUAUUUGGCUCACCCGGGUUUUCUUAAGCUAUUAGAGCAAGCCGAGGAGGAGUUUGGUUUCGAACAAACGGGUGUUCUUGCUAUUCCUUGCCCGUAUACGGACCUUCAGUCUAUCGUAGGAAGCAACUGUGUAAUGGUUUGA